AUGGAUUCGCAUUCCAUUGACGAUUGGAAGAUGAGUACGAAGGUGAUUCCCUAUGCACCUACCUCCGCCUUGCUGGUGGUGGUGGUCUGGCUGGUGGUGUCCACCUUGCGGACCUAUCUCCAGCUCCGACACGUUCCCGGGCCCUUUCUGGCACGAUUCACGAACCUCUGGCUCGCCGUCAAGAUGUGGCGAGGAGAGAGCUUCGCGGAUAUUGCGCCGGUGCUGGACGAGAGGUAUGGCCCCGUCGUCCGGAUAGGCCCCAAGACGGUCAUCUUCUCAGACGCCAAUGCCAUCCCGACCAUCUAUGCCACGACAAAUGUUUGGAGAAAGGCAUCAACGUAUGAACCUGCUCGAAUUGUAAUGAAUGGAAAGGUGCAAGACUCCUUCGUCACCACGCGGCAGGAAGAUCGAGUGUCUGCGAUCAAGAAGCAUAUCAACUCGGCAUUCACCUUCGGGGCGAUAUCAGACUAUGAACCCCAUGUCGACGAGACGGUCCGACUGAUGAACGAGCGCGUCAGGUCUCACGCGCCGACCGUCGACUUGGUGCGAUGGUUCAAGCUGUUCGCCUUUGAGGGGAUCUGCCGGAUCGCAUUCAGUGACGGUGACUUCCCCGAGCAAGAAGUCCAAACCACUCUGGUUGCACUGAAGGAGCGAUUCAACCACUGGCAGCGCUGGCUCAUGUAUCCGGAGAUUGAGGCACUCCUGUACAAGAACCCCCUGGUGCGCGGACGGAUGGGGCCUUCUCUCCUGACUCAACGGGCCAUGCAGAGGGUCCGUGAGAGGGAGACCAUGCUGGAGAGCGGCGCCGGUCAGGUCAAGUACGCCGACCUGCUCGACCGGUAUAUGCAGGCCAACAAGAAGGCGCCUGAUACCUUUGGCAUGGCCACCGUCGUGGGGUUGGUCAUGUCGACCAUCCACGCCGGGGCCGAGUCGACGGCGUCCACGCUCGCCAUCACCACGCACUAUCUCCUGCAGCACCCAGCCGCGAUGGCGGAGCUGAUCAAGGAACUUGAGGACGCCCAGCUGGCCUCCCCUCCCUCGUUCAAAUCCGUGGCCAAGCUGCCUUACCUCGAAGCCGUCAUCAAGGAAUCCAUGAGGGUCUACAACAUCAGCGUUUUUACCCUGGACCGCGAAGUGCCCGCUGGCGGCGCCCACGUCGCCGGUGUUUUUGUCCCCGGGGGGACUACCGUGGCCAUCAGCAUGAUGGGAUUGGCGAGGAGAGAGGAGCUGUGGGGUCCCGAGCCUGCGGACUUCCGUCCCGAACGCUGGCUUGAAGGUGAUUCCGCCCGAAGAAACAGGAUGGAGAGGGCCUUCAUGGGCUUUGGCCAGGGCAAGCGCAUGUGCAUCGGGCAGCACAUUGCUUGGAUCGAGAUGAAGAAGGUCCUUCCCGAACUGCUCUUGAAUUACGAGUUUGAACUCAUCCGACCGAAGGGCAAGUUGGAAUUUUACACCGCAAUCGUGGCGUUUCCCAAGGAGCUGAUCGUCAAGGUCACGCCUCGAAAGCGAGAUGUCCACUGUCUGUGA